AUUCCAGAAAUUUAUCGAGUCCCAAACACGGCCUAAGUCUCUCUCGUGUCAGUGCUCUUUCUCUCUCCAGAAUUAGCUCCCAACGAAACCCUAACGAGUUAUGUUCUCAACUGGGAACCAUAGAGAAGCAUCGGGGAUUGAAUUGAAUAAUUAAUGCAUUUAUCUACACAUUGCAACCUAGAAACAUCGAUCUUCGUCAUCAACAAUGGAGGUCUGGAACGACGAUUUAUCGGAGCUGGAGAUUGGGAGUUCCGUCGAGUCGUUCCAGAGGUUUUUGAUUUCGCAAAGAGAACUCUUCCAUAGCCAGAUCGACCAGUUUCAAGAAAUUGUCGUCACGCAAUGCAAACUCACCGGCGUCAAUCCUCUCUCUCAAGAAAUGGCAGCCGGUGCUCUAUCAAUAAAAAUUGGAAAAAGGCCCAGGGAUUUAUUAAAUCCAAAGGCUGUAAAUUACAUGCAAUCAAUUUUUUCUAUUAAAGAUGCAAUUAGCAAGAAAGAAUCUCGCGAGAUCAGUGCUUUAUUUGGUGUAACAGUAACACAGGUGCGUGACUUUUUCACUAGUCAACGUUCCAGAGUAAGGAAACUAGUUCAGUUGUCAAGGGAGAGGGCAUUAAGAUCUAAUUCUUGUGCGGAAUCUCAUGAUGUUCAAAUAAACUUUGAUCCUGUGAGAUCAAUAAAUCCAGCUCCCUUAAACUCUGCUGGCCCCAUCAAUACGGAAGAAGCAUCUUGUUCAACACAAGAAGCAGCUCUGUCUGACCUAGACAACUUAGAUAAACAAUUUGUUGAGAACAUUUUUGGUCUAAUGCAGCAAGAGCAAACAUUUUCUGGUCAGGAGAAAUUGAUGGAGUGGAUAUUGACGAUACAGAAUUUUUCAGUCUUGUUGUGGUUUUUGACCGGAGGAGGUGCAAUGACUUUAGCAAAUUGGUUGAGCAAAGCUGCUGUUGAAGAGCAAACUAGUGCACUGCUUCUUAUCUUGAAGGUUCUUUGUCAUUUGCCUUUACAUAAAGCCCUUCCUGCACACAUAUCAGUUUUGUUGCAGAGUGUUAAUAGACUACGGUUCUACAGGACCUCAGACAUAUCUAACAGGGCAAGGGUUUUGUUAUCAAAGUGGAGCAAAUUGUUAACAAGGAACCAAGCCAUAAAGAAACCCAAUGGUGUUAAGCCAUCUGGCGACGUUCAAAAAGAGAUAAUACUUUCUCAAAGUAUUGGCCAAAUCAUCGGCCCUGAAUCAUGGCAUUUGAAUAUUGAUGUUCCUGAAGACAUUCUUGCUCUCUCAAAUGAAUUUUCAGAUGAUUUCAGGAAAAUGCAAUCGCGGUCUGUUAAGUUGUUGCUGCCUAGCUCAGAUGAUUGUAAUAAGAAACCCCCACUUGGUGUAUCUUCAUCUCAAUCUAGAGAGCGCAGAAAAGUGCAAUUGGUGGAGCAGCCAGGAUCUGUGAGUAGAAGCCCACCGGUGGCAAGGACAGUGCCUGUAAGUCAGGGCCGUCCUAUGUCUGCUGAUGACAUCCAGAAAGCAAAAAUGCGUGCAUUAUUUAUGCAGAGUAAGUAUGGGAAAACCGUUUCUUCAAAAGUAAAUAAAGCCAAAACUGUUAGUCCGAGUAAAUCUCGGACAAAUCAGGCCAGCAUUGCAGUCUGCUCUUCUAAAGUUCCAUCUCCUCUCAAAAUUGAAGAAGACAAGAAACCUCUGUUGCUUCCCUCUAAAACGUCUAUUAGGCUUGAAUCUUCUUAUUCCAAACUGAAAAUGGAUUUGAAGGAACCUAUCUGGGAGAAGUGCAAGAGGGUGAAAAUCCCGUGGAAGACACCAGCAGAAGUAAAACUUCAAGAUACCUGGAGAGUUGGUGCUGGUGAAAAUAGCAAAGAGGUUCAUGUCCAGGAAAAUAGGAACCGCAGGGACAAAGAAUCCAUUUAUCAGACAGUACAAGAGAUGCCCUCUAACCCCAAGGAGCCGUGGGAUCUUGAAAUGGACUACGACGACUCUUUGACAGCGGAAAUUCCUAUUGAACAGCUACCAGACGGUGAUGGUGCAGAAAUAGUAGAUGCAUCCAAUCAAACUGCAACUCAUGCUGCUGUUCAAGGGGUGGCCUCCUCAUCUUCAGCCAGUAAUGCAGCCAAUGCUGAACCUGAUUUGGAAUUGCUUUCCGUACUACUGAAAAAUCCAGAAUUGGUGUUUGCCUUAACUUCUGGACAAGCCGGUAACAUAACAAGUGAGGAAACCUUGAAGCUACUUGACAUGAUCAAGAGAGGAAGUGUGAACUUGGGAUUAAGUGAAAAUGCAAAUGGCAAUUAUGGUACUAGUGCAAAGGCCCCUGAGAAGGUGGAAGUUUCUCUCCCAUCUCCAACUCCUUCAAGCGAUCCCAGUACGAGUGGAUGGAGCAUCGAAGCACAAAAGAAUCCUUUUACACGGCAAAACUUAGCACCUGAUAGAAGAUUUAUCCAGAGCUCUGCUUCAAUUGCAACUACCAACCUAUCAUAUCAGAUUCCGGCAACUAGUACUACAGUAAGGCAACAGCAUAUAGUUGUUCCAUCUUUGAACCAGCUCACCGGCACAACAGUUUCUCGAUAUUCACUACCUCAGGCAACUAACAUUAUUCCUGAAAAACAACCACCACGUGUUCAUUCCUCCGUGCAUGCACAAACACCUUUCUCUGAUAGAGGUUUAAGCAUGAAGAACACAAUCACCGCAAAAGGUCCUCUAGCAAUGCGGGCUGAUGGCAUAAGUAAUAUAAAACCAGUAGUACCUAAUUCGAGUAUGCAAGCGGGUUUGUCUAAUUCAUUCCCACAAUCCUUUACGAUGACCUCACCAUCACACUUAGCUACACAACAACAAAGACAUGCGCAUACGAUACUCCAUCAGCCCCAUUUCGCCGAACCAUCCUAUCAAAACCCUGUGCAUUCCUAUCAACCACAAUUCGAAAAAUCAGGUCCUGUGUCAGAUUUGCGGAGAGUUAGGCAGGAUAUACCAUCCAGUUAUCAUGAUCAAAGAAAUCAUAACAAUUAUAAUACAUUGGUUGGGGAACCCAUGCAGUCUGGUUCUUGGGAUAGAAACAAUCAUGAAAGGGAGGGUUUUGAAUCAUGGAGUCCGGAGAAUAGUCCAACUAGGAAUCCUAGGUAUGUUCCAGGUAGGAAUAUCCCGGAGUCCAGAAUGAAUCAUGCAAGAAAUCAUAGACCUGAAUGGUCAAGGCAGCGUGGUUCUUCUGGACACUGGGAUCCUGGUAGGCAUGAGAAUAGAAAGUGGCAUGAUCAAAGACGAUGAUUUUAAUGUUUACAUUGUUUUGGUCUGUGGGUUCAAUCAGACCCUUAACUUGUAUGUAAAGAGUUGGAUUCAAAUAACAAUCAUUUUUCUUUUGGUUAUAAGAGAGUGAGUAUAAAUGGGUCUAAAUUGAUUGUUAAA